AUGGCUGGAGAACAACAUAUCAGUAAUGGAAUGGGAGCCUUGGCUUUAAUGGGAGGUGUCGCUGGUUAUAUGAUGAAAGGAUCUAAACCAUCUUUAAUUGGUGGUUCUGUCUUUUCUGCUUUAUACUUUGGAACUAGUUAUUUGAUUGGUGAGAAGCCUGAGGUUGGUCACGGUGUUUGUGCUGGUAUCUCUGCUGCAUUUGCAACUAUCAUGCUCAAGAGAGCUUAUCAAUCAAAGAAGGUUAUGCCUGGUGGUAUUGUAGGAAGUGCUGCUCUUCUUACCUGCGCAUACAGUACUAAAAAGUUUUUAGACUAUAAGAAUGGUAUCUAA